UAAAUAAAAUUAACGUUAACUGAAAUAAAAUAUUAAACAUAAAUAAACGCGUUUUUCCAUCUAGCAGCAAACAUUUCUCAUUAUAUAUUUAGUUUAGCUUGGUACACUAAAUACUAAUUACUUUUUUAUGGUCACUGCAGCAGGUUCACCUGAUCGGUAAUUCAGUAAUAAAAUGAACACGUGGAUUUAAAAAAAAAAAAAUGUUAGAGGUAUGUUUACAAAUCUCUCGCCGCACGUGACAGGGGCGUGACCUUUGAGGAGCUCGACCCCCUUGUUCUUUCUCUCCCCAUUCAUUUCUCAAUACUUCCUGUGAAAGGUAAACAAAUGGCGCUCCGCACUCCAAAGUGUAAAAUGGUUCAAAAUGUAAGCCGAAUUCGCCUAUUUAAGAGUUCAAAAUGCCCGGUCAGAAGAGAAAAUUUAAUGUUCGCUUUCCACCCGGACGCAUCAAGAAAAUAAUGCAAAAGGACACAGAGGUUGGACGAAUCGCUACAGCAGUACCAGUCAUCAUAUCUAAAGCUUUAGAAAUGUUCCUCAGAUCUCUUCUCACCAUGACCUGUAAAAUAACCCAGUCCAGGAACAGCAGAGUGAUGUCCAUAAAUCACAUGAAACAGUGCAUUCAUUCGGAGAAGUUGUUUGACUUCCUGAAGGAUUUGGCAGAUCAGGCCUCCACUGUAUCAACAUCAGAGUGCAAAACUAAGGGCAAAUGGCAGUCACACAGGAAACGGUGGCAAAGUGUGUCUAUCAAAGCCAGGUCACCGGAGAGGGAGGAGCCGCCCCAGAAAGCCACCAAUGAUUUGGUCAUCAACAGUGAUUCAUCCAGUGAGUCUGAGCUGUUCAUCUGCUUGGAAACUCAUUCACCUUGACCGGGCUUUUGAAAAGUUUGACAAGAUCGAACAAUCUCUCGCUGAGAACUGCAGUGUUGUUUAUGAAGACCCAACAUCUUUUGGGAGGGGGAGGGGGGGUGUUAUUGUUAUUCUUAGCAUCUGACAUAAAUAUUGAAUUUUUAAUUUGUGAAAUUGCUCUAUUGUGGUAUUAUAUUGACCAUGAAAUUAACGAUAUAAUUUUUGUUUUCAAGUUUUCCCGGGAGUUUUAAAUUCCGAUAAGGAAGAAAAUAAUUUGUUUAUUAUAUAAUAAGAGAUUUUGUGAUUUUGAGCAUCUCCACUAUUUUUCUUUCAGUUGGAUUCGUAAUUAAAACUGUAGUUUGAACUGUCUAAUGUUUAUAAUGUAAAGUGAUUUUCUGAGCUGAGGCAUAUGUGAUUAUAUAAUAUUUAUUAGAUAAAGGUAAAUAUUUAUUCUUUUCUUUUCUAUCCGUCAUCGUUUUGUUACUAUUAUCCACAGUAGGUUACAGGGUUCUUUAAGCGGCAUAUUGUAUGACAAAGUCAAUUGUAUUUUAUAGUAAAUAUUCUAUAAGGUAUAUUUUAAGAUGUCAAUAUUACACAAUAUUGUAUAAAUAUGCAUUUUCUACUCCUAACCUGACUACUGUGAUAUAUGACAAGCUGUAGUAGAAAAUGUUUAAAAUAAC